AUGGCUGCCUCCAGCAUCUCCAAGUUCAUUGAAGCGCCCUCUGUUGAUAGUUUGGUGAGGUUUCGGAAAAUAUAUAUUUUCGCUAUUGCUAACCCAUUAUGGAAUUGUUUGUCCCUGAGAAAGCCCUAAAGGCGGAGCUUUUGGUGCUAGUCAGGGAGGGUUUAGUGAGAGAGCGAAUUCUCUCAUUUCAAGAUAAGGAGCGGGAGGUUUCAGGAGAGGAUACGGGUAGACCUUCCGAUGCCAAGUCGGAGGACAGGACGGAGGAAGGGGUUGCUCGUACCCCCUUUACAUUGCCCCGAUUUGAUCCUUUAUCUUCUGCUUCAGGUCGUUCAAGCGGGACCGCUAGGCUAAAGGUGAGGCUGGCCCGAUUAGAAAUGGAGCAAAAAGAUAAAGAGAGACAGAUGCGGUUUGAACUUGUAAUUAGGAAAAUGGAAAUUGAAAAGGAAAGGGAG